AUGGAGGUGCCAACAAAGUCUAGCAUCUUGGACCUGAGCUCCAGCACACAGUGCCCCAGAUCCCCAGAGGAAAGCCACGAGGCUUGGGCACAAUGCAAAGAUGCUGGCAGGCAGCUACCCGAAUACAAGGCAGUGGUCGUGGGUGCAAGUGGUGUUGGUAAAAGUGCUCUCACGAUCCAGAUGACCCACCACUGCUUCGUCAAAGACCAUGACCCCACUAUCCAGGAUUCCUACUGGAAAGAAGUAGCCCUGGACAACGGAGGCUACAUUCUAAAUGUGCUGGAUACAGCUGGACAGGAUAUUCACCGGGCCCUGCGUGACCAGUGCUUGGCAGCAGGUGACGGUGUGCUGGGCGUCUUUGCUCUUGAUGACCCCUCAUCUCUGGACCAGCUGCAGCAGAUAUGGUCCACCUGGAACCCUCACCACAAGCAGCCUCUGGUACUGGUGGGCAACAAGUGUGACCUGGUGACCACUGCUGGGGAUGCUCAUGCUGCCGCAGCAGUCUUCGCUCAUAAGUUGGGAGCCCCCUUAGUGAAGACCUCAGCCAAGACACGGCAAGGUGUCGAGGAAGCCUUUGCUCUGCUUGUCCAUGAGAUCCAGAGGGCCCAGGAGGCCGUGGCUGAGUCAAGCAAGAAGACCCGACACCACAAAGCUGUGUGUAGCUGUGGCUGCUCUGUAGCCUGA